AACAUUACAUUUAAUUACAGCAACAUUGAAGCAUUAUAGAGUGUGUGUGCGCGGUAGAAAGUAGAAACUAGAGAGUGGAGUACAGAAAAACAAGCACAUUUAACAAAGUUCCUCUUUAGCAGUGUUUGAUGCUGAAAAAUGGUGUUUUCUGCGUCUGUUGGGUCUGUAGCAUUGCCCCCUCCGAGUGUGAGAGUGAGUGCGAAGAGGUGGAGUAGUGUGGUGGUUGCUGCUGCUCAUGAACCCUUCCCUUCCUUUCUUCCUAAGCUCAUUGACAGAAUCCAUGAUCCCUUCGCUCGUAGACUCGCCAUGCGAAUUCAGAGGCUCCCUGUUCCCGUUAGGUUCUCAGAAAAUCCCAUCAUGAGUAGUUGUGUUAAGCCACUUAUACAAAAGAAGGAAACUCCAAUUGUUCUUCUACAUGGCUUUGACAGCUCAUGUAUGGAAUGGAGAUAUGCCUAUCCACUGCUGGAAGAAUCAGGUUUUGAGACUUGGGCCAUUGACAUUCUUGGUUGGGGUUUCUCGGAUUUAGAAAAACUUCCCGCUUGUGACGUGGUAUCAAAGCGUGAGCAUUUCUAUCAGUUUUGGAAAUCCUACAUCAAAAGGCCAAUGAUAUUGGUUGGACCAAGCCUUGGAUCUGCUGUUGCUGUUGACUUUACAGUGAAUUAUCCAGAAGCUGUGGAAAAGCUUGUUCUCAUUGAUGCUAGUGUAUAUGCAGAGGGAACAGGAAAGCUAGCAACGUUGCCAAAAGCUGUUGCUUAUGCUGGGGUGUAUUUAUUGAAGAGCCUGCCGUUACGGCUAUAUGCUAACUAUUUGACCUUUUACAAUGUGUCAUUCAGUACCAGCCUUGAUUGUACUAAUGUCGGUCGCUUGCACUGUUUGAUGCCUUGGUGGGAUGAUGCUACGGUUGGUUUCAUGACUAGUGGCGGUUACAAUGUUUCUUCCUUAAUAGAAAAGGUGAAACAGAAAACACUCAUCAUUUGGGGUGAAAACGACCGCAUCAUCAGCAACAAGCUUGCAGUGCAACUACACUGCGAACUACCUGAUGCAGUGAUACGCCAAAUACCAAACUGCGGCCACAUUCCUCAUCUGGAGAAGCCAAGUUCUGUUGUCAAAUUAAUUGUUGAAUUUGUUCAGAGAGAGGCCAAGAAAUUAGACAAAUGUGUUACACAAGUAUGAAGGUUGAAAACCUCAUUUUUCUAUUCUCCUAAUAGACAGAGAAGGCAACUUCUGCAGUUCACAAUUUGGCAAAAUUAACCGGCACAUGACAAAAUAUGUUAUGGAAUGCUCCUAUAAUUAGAGUGUUAGAUGAAAGAAAAGAAAACAAAAAAUGUGGCUGCAGCUGUUUCGAAUAUAUUUAUUAUGAUUGUUAAUAAAUAAUAAGUAAAACCUAUAAUUACCUUUUUGAAUUUUACUUUUAGUGAAGGAACAUUCUUCUGUGAUCAUCUUAAGUCUUCACAAAUA